CGCUACGGGAGGAAAAUAACAUGUACGAGCAGCAGGAGAAACGAACAACCCAAGGUCACCAGAAUGCCACCCACCCCGCUCCUUCCAUAUAGCCCUCAAUUUACCUCUCCAGAGGAGUACAUUACCUCUCUAUUAACCUUCACCUCUAACCCGCUUUUCCAAACCCUCUGCGGUGGUGUACACAUCCUCGACUUCUUCACUCGAGACUCUGGCACAAAGCCUGUGGACCUCUACCAUGAAAUCCUACCGGCAGACUGGAUAUCAUUCUUCUCGGUGCAGGAAAUACCUUCGGUGCUAGACCACCUACUCCGCACACCAAUAGACCAACUCCCAAAAACAUGUCCAGAGACCUUAGUUACCUUCAUAACACAAGUCCGUAUCCACUCGCUCAACCGAGAUUUCACCCGACCGCCCGCCCUAGCGAAAGCCAAAACAUCAGCCGGGGUAUCCCACAGCGGCGAGGAAUGGGCGUUGAACGCUGGCAUGCGGCCGAAGAAGAUCCACGAGGUAGAGAACUUCUCUGCGUUCAUCGACGAUUUGGUCUCUAACAUCAACGCUCGCGACAAGCCUAUCGGCGGGGAAGGCAUCACGCAUAUCUUGGACUUUGGCUCCGGACAGGCAUACCUAAGUCGGACGCUGGCGAAGAAGUAUGGACAUAACGUUGUAGGCAUAGAAUCCCGACCGGCAAAUAUCGAGGGGGCAAAAGAAAUGGAUACCCGCUUCGAUAGCCUCGCCGAGAGGCGUGAGCGGAAGGGACGAAAAAGUCAGCAAAGCCGGGAGCCCACAUCCCGAGUGCCAAAUGACGACCCCGCCGCAGAAGAAACAGUGCCAACUACAACCAACGAUGGAAAAAGUGGCACCCUACAAUACAUCCAAAAGUGCAUCUCUGGAAGUGAUCUCACCCCAAUAACCACCCUCAUCCCCUCCCCAACUCCCAAAUCCCUCCUCCUAAUCUCCCUCCACUCCUGCGGGAACCUCCUCCACCACGGCCUCAUCUCCUUCGCCACCACCCCAUCGGUGAAAGCCUGCGCCCUAAUCGGCUGCUGCUACAACCUUCUCACUGAAAAAUCCGGCGCAACGUACAAACCUCCUCUACGCUCACCGCACCCACGCCUAGCCGCGACUUCCGCAGCGGCAGACCCGGACGGGUUCCCCCUAAGCCACAGAUUCACCCACACGAACCCAGCGGUCCGCCUAAACAUAACAGCCCGAAUGAUGGCCUGCCAAGCGCCCAGCAACUGGACCCCCUCCAGUAGCGAAGCCUUCUUCACAAGACACUUCUUCCGCGCCCUCUUACAGCGCAUAUUCUUCGACCGUGGGCUCGUCACCGGCGCUGAGCCAGUGAUUAUCGGCUCGCUGAGGAAGAGGUGCUACUCGUCCUUUGGCGACUACGUCUCUGGGGCGAUCGAUAAAAUUGGCUGGGCCCAGAGGCUGCAGGUCAGCGCGGGAGAGGUGGCCCAGUACGAAGAGAGGUUUACGUGCAGGAAGAAGGACAUCAGCGUUAUUUGGAGCUUGAUGGCCUUCUGCGCUGGCGUCGCGGAGAGCCUGAUUGUUGUCGAUCGGUGGGUGUACCUCAUGGAAGGGGUGGAAAAGGGCUUGGUGAAGGAGGCGUGGGUGGAAGCUGGGUUUGAGUAUGGGAUUAGUCCGAGGAAUUUGGUGGUUGUUGGGGUUAGGUAG